CAAUCAUUUCAUUUAUUCUAUAUCCCUAAAUGGCUUAAUACAUAAUAUAAUGUAUUCAAGUUAUUUACGAGUUACCUAUAGUUUAUGAAGUGGUUACUGAUUAUUUUCAUGCCAUAUAAGUUAUAAUAUAUUAGUGUUUAGUUGUUAUUACUGUUGAAAAUUUAUGAAUUGUUCAUUCACAAUAUACAAAUUAAUUAAUUGUUAUUGUUAAAAUUUUCUAUUAAAUCAUAUAUUUUAAGAUAUAGCAAAGUAUGGACAAAUCUAAUUCUACGUUUCGAAUAAAAUGUCUUCCAGCCAUAAAUUGCGUGCAAAAAAUUGGAGUGUACGAAUCUAAAAAUAGAUAUUUUGUUGUUGGGUCCAAUAAUGCUCGUACCAAGUAUCGAAUUCUUAAAAUUGAUCGAACAGAGGGUCAUGAUUUAACAAUUGUGGAUGACCGGGUCGAGUACACUGAACUAGAUAUGAUAAAUUCUUUGAAUGUUGGAUUACACAGAAAUACCAGUCUAAGUAAAAUAGCUUCAGCGUUCGGCAUAGUUGGUUUUGUAAGACUACUAGAAGGUUAUUAUAUGAUUUUAAUCACUAAACGUCGCCGUGUUGCUGUAAUAGGACGUGAAAUCAUAUAUAAAAUUGAAGAUACGUCUAUGAUAUACUUGCCUAAUGAUGCCUAUCGCAUUCCUAAUGUUAAUGAACCACGUUAUUUGAAAAUAUUUCAAAGUGUAGAUUUAUCAAGCAAUUUUUACUUCAG